AUGUUGGUGGAGUGUGGCAGUUCGUCGACGAUGGUUAAUAAUGAAAUUUAUAACAACCGUGUGUAUAAAAAAUAUGCCUUUGAAUAUGAACCUGGGUCUGGUGGAUACAUAAGUUGGUUUGUUGAUGAUCAACUUACGUGGAGAAUGAAUGCUAGCACCGUUGGUCCAAAUAAAAUAAAUGACAUAG